AUGCAGAUGGAGUCUAGAAAACGAAAGAGUCCAGAUGGCGGCGUUGACGACGAACUUCGUUCUUCGCCAUUCAGUCGACGAUUUCACCAGGACACCCGAAUGCAAUCUGUAUCACGCUCGCCAUCUGUGCUGCCGACUUUACCAUCUACACCCCCAAUCGACAAGUACAACUCUAUCUUAGUUGCUAAUGAGCACGGGUACAUCUUCUGCCGCUACGCAUCUGGCAACGAUAUACCGCAACUUGAUGUACGCACGGUGCCAACACCAGACAUGACACGGAUAGCGCGUCAAUCCAGCGUCAACAAGGCACGCACCUAUAUCCGAAACGAGUACGUUCGAAGACUACAGAAGGUACCAGGAAAGAAGGGUAAGCCCAUCCACUUGAUCAACCUGGUGGACUCUUCAACACCAUCCCUUAGAUUCCGGUACAUCUCAGAGUAUGUCCUCAGCCAGGGCGUCUAUCGCGCAUCGAAAGACUCCAUGGUAGGCUGUAUGCAGUGCUCACCGCACAUGGGCCGAGAUAUCGGCUGCGAAUAUACUAGAAAGUGCGACUGCCUCGAAUACGCAGCGGUAGACGAAUCGCGUCUUAACGACGCCGAACGAGAAGACUACGACUACGCCCUUGCCACGGGCAGCUCUACAGCCGGCUUCCCGAAGAAAUUCCCUUACUUCGCCGCAGGCACUAGAAAAGAUCGAACAGGCUGCCUCGUCCCGUUUUACCUAAAUUCCCGUCGUCCCAUCUACGAAUGCAACGAGACCUGCAACUGCGGUCCUAACUGCCGCAAUAAGAACGUCCAGUUUGGACGCCAGGUUGAAGUUGAGAUUUUUCGCACGAGCGACGGCCGCGGGUGGGGGCUGCGCUGCAGAGAAGAUGUACACGAGGGCCAAUUCAUCGAUACCUACCGCGGCGAAGUCAUCACCGACGAAGAGGCUACACGGCGCGAAAACGCAUCCUCCAAAGCAAAAGCCUCGUAUUUAUAUUCGCUCGACAAGUUUGCCGAAUCUGAAAACCUCGACGAGAAGGACUUGUACGUCGUCGACGGCGAGUUCAUGGGCGGCCCCACAAAGUUUAUCAACCACUCUUGCGAACCGAAUUGCAGACAGUACACUGUCAGCUACAAUAAGCAUGAUGCCAAGGUCUACGACAUUGCCUUUUUUCGCUUGCAGGUUUAUUCCAAAGGGUGA